UGUGUGUUCACGAGCGAUGGGAGAGUUUGUAGAAAGUCGCGCAUCUUCUGUGAACUCUGAUUGCGAACUGUGUCUGUGAUAUUGAGUGACUCCUCUAAAAGCUCACAAUUCAGUUAAUUGACCACAGAUGAUGUUUUAAGUGUUCUCAGACGUUUAAACGAUUUUUGGAUCACCAGAGUGGAGAAAUGGCAAGUGACAAAACUUCAUCUGGUGAGGAUUUCCGCUCUUCCAGAGUCAUCAGGGUGGUUUUCUUGGCACUGCUGCUUGACUUGCUGGGUUUUACAUUAAUACUACCCUUGCUCCCCUCCAUCCUGGACCACUACAGUCAAACUGGGGACAGUGUGUACCAGUCAUUACAGAGCAUAGUGGACUGGUUCAGAGGCACAGUUGGAGUUCCUCAGGAAACUAAAUAUAACAGUGUUUUUUUUGGAGGUCUGAUAGGCUCUCUCUACUCUUUUCUACAAUUUCUGUCAUCACCCAUUAUUGGGGCUCUUUCAGAUGAAUAUGGAAGAAAACCAAUGCUUCUUUUAACAACUGUGGGUCUCAUAGGCUCCUACAUUCUGUGGGCUUUUUCACAUAGUUUUAGCAUUUUCCUCCUGUCUAGGGUGGUGGGAGGACUUUGUAAGGGUAAUGUCAGCCUGUGCACUGCUAUUGUGGCUGACUUACCUUGCCCUAAAGCAAGAAGCAAGGGAAUGGCAAUGAUUGGUGUUGCAUUCUCUUUGGGAUUCACACUGGGGCCGUUAAUGGGAGCAUACUUUGCUCUGAAGCUCAAAGAUGCUGAGAUGUUUUAUCAAGGCCCCGCCAUGUUGGCCGUCCUUUUUUCUUUAGGAGACCUGAUCUUCAUUUUACUCAUGCUGCCAGAGACUUUACAAAAGGACAGCAAGGAAUCAUCAGAAUCAUCAGGUGUUCCACAAUCUGGAGAUUUUCUUAAUCCUGUAGCACUUUUCAAUUUCACUGCUGUCACAAGAACAGAGAAUCCACCAUCUGAACAAAAAAUGAAAAAUCUGAAGAUGCUUGGCUUGGUCUACUUCACAUAUCUAUUUCUCUUCUCUGGGUUGGAAUUCACUUUGAGUUUUCUAACACAUCAGCGCUUUCAGUUUACAAGCAUGCAGCAGGGGAAGAUGUUCUUUUUCAUUGGCAUUACCAUGGCAUUAAUCCAGGGCGGAUAUGCCCGCAGGAUCAGACCAGGUCAUCAGAUCCAGACUGUUAGCGUGGCAAUUAUAUCCCUUAUACCAGCCUUCUUGCUCAUUGGAAUAGCAUGGAAUUUGACACUCUUCUAUUCUGGUUUAUUUUUGUUCUCCUUUGCUGCUGCUAUUGUUGUUCCAUGCCUUUCAACGCAAGUGUCUGGACACGGCUCAGCCAAUCAGAAGGGAACAGUAAUGGGAAUCCUUCGGAGUCUUGGAGCUUUAGCUCGAGCACUGGGCCCAAUUGUGGCUUCUUCAGUGUACUGGUUGGCUGGAGCGGAAUUAUGCUUUAUAACCACUUCAGUGUUCUUUAUAAUCCCUCUGAUUUUACUGAGCAGACUGAAAAGACAGAAAGAGGAGUAAUAUCGAGAGUUUUAAGGAAUCACUGUUGUGUCAUUAAGGUCAAACCUCUUCUCCAUUGUUGCCUUAGUGUCACUUAAGAGAUCUUCCAUUUAAAUGUUUACACUGUACAACACAAUAUACCAACACUUACAGUAUGAACAUACUUUGUUUUACUGUUAUUUUUUGUUUUCAUUUGUAUAUGUUUAUUCCGCUUUAAAUGUAAUUAUUGUUUAUCGGUACAAACACAAUAAGAACAACUUGCAUUUAUAUAUAUAUUAGGGCUGUCGAUUUAACGUGUUAAUUCAGUGUGAAAAAACAUUAAUUUUAUAAAAAAUAACGUGUUAAAGAAAAUUUCCGCAGUUAAUCGCAGUGCCCCCGGACCAUAUUAAGGAAGAUAAUGCAAGCUUGUAGUACCACCUGUUUACUCCAGAGGGCAGUAAGCAAAACUUAAACUUAUGGCAACACAGUUUAUACAGUGAAGAAAACAACCCUUCUGCAGGUAGCACAACACAGACAUGCGUUACGUUCUUGCGUUCAAAACACUUAAUGGAGCACAAAUUUGAUUUAAAGGAUCUCAAGAUGUGUUUAAAUAUUGAGUAUUAAACUAAAUAUAACUUGACACAGUGACCUAAAUAUUUUAUGUUUAUGACGCAACACACCCGAGAUGGUACACAAGCAUGUCUGAUGCAGGUGUACAUUGACGGGCUCUUAAACAAGCCCUCAUAAUAAAUCCUGAACUGAUUGACAAAUUCUCUUGUGAAAUGAUUGGCUUAUGAUCAAUAAUAUGGUAGUAAACAAUACAUUGUAUUCUAAAGCUCCUUUUUGUAUGGACUUACCAAUGAUUAACUCUUCUGCAAGAAUGUAAUGCAUUUUAAUUAUAUUAAUAUUUUUAUUUUAUAUAUAUAUAUAUAUAUAUAUAUAUAUAUAUAUAUAUAUAUAUACCACAGUUAGUUCCGGUCCUCGAAUCUGAUUGGAUGAGAGACGUUCCAUGAGCACUGAUGGUGUGACAACAUCAGCACUCGGACGCUUCAUUGUGUGUAUUAGUCCGCAUUCAUGCUGUUCUAAACUAAAGUGUAUCUGUUAGGAGUUACUGGAUUUAUUUUUGAAAUUGCAUAUGUUAGCCAGCAGGUGGUGGCAAAAGAUAAUUCUUGUGUGUAAUACGAGCCAAUCCAUAGAACUGCUCUCUGUGAUCGCUGUAUUACUAAUACAUUACCAAAACUAGGAAAUAGCUUUAAACAGCUAUAAACGGACAACUUCAGGAUUAAGGCUUAUGCUGAGAUACACAACAGACUGAUUUAUUACAGAACUCAAGUGCUUACCUUUUAUCGGAGUUUCCACAUUGGAUACAUACUGUUUAAAAUGGCGGAGGAUAUCGCUGUUCCUAUAGUGAAUGACACUUGCAUACCCACGCUUGGGCGUCUAUUUUCCACUGAAAAAGCAGACAGCAUCUCUGCUUGAGUGUGGCAACUGGUGAUUGCACAAGCUCCAUCUCUCUCUCUCUUUCUCUCUCUCUCUCUCACACACACGCACAUCCAUCCGUCUACCCUUGUUUAACCAAUGACUUGUUAGAAACAGCAUAAGCUGUGAUACUAUUUCUGAAGUGAACUUUUUGAAUUGCUAACAGAGGCUUGGACGCAUUAUUUGUUUUGAACCAGCAACGGUAGAUUCUGAUUGGUCACGUAAGAAAGUAGUUCCAUGCAAAAAUGCGUUUUUAUGACUGUGCUCGGUUUUUCCUAAUUUUUUUAAAUGUCCUUGUUCAUUGAACUGUUGUAUAUAAGCAAUAUCACACUUGCAAUCGUGCGAUAUGGCCCUACAUCAUCACUGCUGUGAUUACCUACGGCACUCAGCCAUAGGCCAUGUAGGGCCAUAUCGCGCACUUGCUUGUGUGCUAUUGCUUAAAUAUAUAUAAUUUUUUAAAUAUUUAAGGAUAACUAUGUUUAAUUAUAUCAUCAUUGUAUAUUGAAUUAUUGUUAUGAGGGGCUUUCUCAGCGAAUAUUUGUAUAUGUGAUUAAUUGCGAUUAAUUAAUCAGGACACCAUGUAAUUAAUUCAAUUAAAAAUGUUAAUUGAGUGACAGCCCUAAUAAGUAAUAUAUAUAUAUAUACACACACAAACACAC